AUGUCUUCCAUUCGUUCCCGUCUGAGUAUCCUGGCAGCGGCUCUGGCCGCUGUGCCUGGAGCCCUGUCAGACUGCGUGUCAUAUGGUAUUGACUUCCAGAACGAGGGCUCUUACUUCAUCAACAAAGCCUUGGCAGAGAACUUCACUGCUGUGUCUGAAUUCGAGGGCUGUGCUGGUGGGACUGCCGACGUUCUCCUUGUCGACCCAAACUACACCGAGUACAUCUGCACCGACGUUGCCGUCACGCCGGAUGAUACUCCGCAGCUAUCAAGCUGCCCGAUCUUGAAGAACCAGAUGUUCAGCGGAGACUGGCUCAUUGUUGUUUUCGGCAACAACGGACCUAACGUUGACGACUCUCCAUACGCAUACCAGCGUGAGCUAUUUCUCACUGUUGGUACCCAGGUCACCAGCACCUACACUUCCACAGUCACAUGGGAUGUCACCUCAACGCCUAUACUCACAACCAACCUUACUUCGACGCUGCUGGUGACGGACACGGUGCCGAACACGCAGACCGUCACCUCUCCGUCUGCCACGGCGAAGAAGACGGUGACUCCCAAGCCGGUCACGUCUUGGGUCACAUGGGUCAAGACCCGAACCAGGCAAUCGUGGACCAAGAGCCUCACCACUGUUACCAAGACCAAGACUGCCACUUGCACGGUUCCGCCCAAGCCUUCCAAGCACGAUCCUACUUGCACAUACACCCCCACUCGUGUCUCCGUCGCAGCACUGCAGACUGGAGCGGUCCGUGUCCGCAACGCCAUCGACACGCCUAUGGACCCCAACGUGGCUCGCCGCAUGAUCCGUGAGGCUCGCCUUAGGCGCGGCAUGUCGAUUCCCGAGCGUCUCAACGAGCGUGAGCUGGACGAACGCGCUCCUGACGAGGCUACGGUCGUUGUCACGGCAGACACUGUGGUCAACACGACCGUCACUCAUACUGCCGCUCCUUCGACCACCACCGAGACUGUCCUCACUACACAGACCGUCUCGUCCACUCUUGCACCCAGCACCGUCUACUCGGGCAAGACCACCGCCACCAUCACCGCGCCUACGCCGACGAAGACGAGGACGAGCAUCUCGUACACAACCAUUACCGCUAUCAAGACUCUCUACAAGACCUGGACAUACACGACCACUGUGACCCCGACGGCGUCAGUGAAGGCCUGCUCGUCCCAGGGUGGUCACAUUGUCGCCCUGCCCACGUGGAGAGCGGUAUAG